AUGGACAGCUGUAGGGUGGAGACCUCCAUGGUGGAAGGGAUUCGGGGGUAUGACAGACGCAUUCGCCUCGUCUAUCGCACAAAUAACGUCCUUCACGGCGAGGGCAACCUGACGGGUUGCCCUGACGGUAACAUCACCGGGUACCGAUGGGACGUUUUCGUAGAAGUGAUAAGUGCCGGAAAAGCCGUACACGAACUAAAAAAUCUGAACCUGGUGUCUAACGAAGAGGAUUUGGUGAUACCCAGCCAGUCACUACAGCCUUCGAAGUACAUGAUUCAGUUUCAGGUCACCGUACGUAUACCAGACAACUCAACUGACGUGAAAGUAUAUUCCGUGGCACAAACGUGGAUCGAAGUGGUUGCCAUGCCGUUAGUGGUAACGCUAGGGCCGUCGCUUGUCACCCGUUACGCUGACGAUGACCUCUGGGUGAGCGCCGAAGGUUCGUGGGACCCAGAAGGCUUAACCGACCCGUCCGUGUGGAACUACAGGUGGACAUGCAACCAGACACAUGGUGGAGUUGUUGAAGACUGUGCUACACGGGAGUUAGACAGUCGACCAGGAGUUCUGUACGUCGUCAACAGUCGGCCAUCGAUGACGACAUUCACGGUCACGGUCACGGUCGUGGCCUCUUCUCCAGGGAGAGGUGAAGUCGCCGCCUCUCAGACGGUGGUCCUCCAUGACAACCCGGCUUGUCAAUUAUCUAUCACGUGUACCGGGAACUGUGACCACACCAGACUGGACCCGGCGCUCCCUCUCCAGCUCCAGGCUGUCCCUGGACCAGACGCAGCAGCGAUGUACCAGUGGUCGGUUGUCAGGUCUAAGGAUGGCUCUGCGAGCUUACCAAACACUGUAGAGUUGACCCAAGAAACGCUUCAUGUGGAAGCGGGCGUGUUAGAAGCUGGAGAAAGCUACACCGUACGCUCAGUCAACCGCAUCCAAGAUUGCGGGAAUGACAUCGUCGAGUCCACAUGGACAUUUGUAGUGAGACCAGGUGUCCACCUUGGCAACGACGUCACCAACUGUACCAUCCACCGUGUCGACACGGCUGGAUGCGUUUGCUGCGCAGCAGUCAACGACGAACUCGGCCCAGUGACUUACAAGUUUCGCAUUGCACCGCCGUACGAGAAAGACAGAGGCAAAGUACAGUUUCCACCUAAAACAGACUUCAUGGUGGCGACAAUGCUACUAACACCUUAUCACACAAUGAUUCCAAGGUACUGCUCAGACGGCAUACCAGAGGACGACAUCAUCGUUGGACUUUGGGUCUCAGGAACUGACGGACGUUUACUGGUACAUGCGAACAUCACAGAAAAGUCGGGCGACAAAGUAGCGCUACCUGACGACGUCAUAGAGAAACUCUCCGGCGCUGAGAUGAAAGACAUGGGCACGAUUCAAGACGUCGCGACUCUUGUCACCCUAACUUCCGCCAAGAAGCUGCCUUUAUCAUCUAAGGCUACGGCCGCAAAGACACUUCAGGCAUCUGCAAACGCAUUGAAGACAAUGUUAGAAUCUGGAUCAUCUAAUGACAGCAUGUCAGUGGCAGACAUAAAUCUUGCCACAUGUACAAUGUUUACAGGAAUGACCCAUAUGAUGGAGGAAUCAUCGAACGUGUCCCAAAAUGUCGAGCUGGUCAACCAGAUUGUCGGCGCCGUGUACAAUACAAUCGACGCCAUCGCAGAAACGUAUGACAUCCUCAUGACCAAUGAGAGUCAAGGAGCAACGGCCAUUUUUGAAAUGCCAAAGCUUCAGUUAAAAGUAGAGAAAGGAGGGUGUCAAGAUGAGCAAAGGAAGAUACUUGUGGUAGAAGAUUUGGUCGUGGUAACUCCGCCAUUCCGUAACCUGUCCUCUGGCUGCGGUGAAGACGAUGCUGUAGGUCUUGUGCUGACGGAGGCCAACUUCAACCCUUUCCAAUACGCGGGCAAUUCACAAGAGAUCCGAUCCGAGGUUGUGAGUAUGACGGUCCGCGUGGGCAGAGAGAUCCGACCCAUCCACAAUCUAACCGACCCCUUCGACAUGAUCAUCCGCCGGGAUGACCGGGACGUGGCCAGCACCAUGUUCACUCACGCCGGCAGGAUUCAAUCCGAUAGCGACAUUGCUGUUGCAGAGUUCCGGCCGCAGAAGUCCGGAACUGCCCUAAGCAUCUACCUGGACCUUGAGCAAACUCCAGAAGCACGAGAUGUUCGUCUGCUUCUGCGGAACGAAUCGUCAGGUUCGAUUCCAGAAAACUAUGACAACGUCAGCCUCACAACAGUUCUGCCCGUGCCACAGCAUCAGCUGUCAACCUAA